CCGUGGGCCGGACACGUGUCCGGCCGGUGGUAGCCGCGGUCCUCCGCCCGGCGCUCAGUACAGUGUCGGCGCUCAGUAGGUCCCCGAUGGCCCGGCCCCGGCUGCUCCUCCUGCUCCUGCUCCUGCCCGUCCCGGGCCUGUCCCGGGCCUCCCCGCCGGGACCGGACGGCGGUGGACAGCGGGGGACCCGCCCGCCCGGACCGGACCCCGUCACCGGAGAGGGUGUCCUGCCCAGCAGCCCGAUGGCAGUGGGAAGUGGCUUUCUGGCGUGGCCGGCCACCGUGGUCGCCGCGACGGCCGCAGCCGGCGACGGGCACGGGGCCCCAACGCCCGGCGAUGGAGAGGAGACCACCUGGGCCACGCCGGCGGACGGAGCCAGAGAUGGAGCGUCCAGUGCCACCUCGGUGCCCAGCGGUGGAGACCCCAACACCUCAGUUGGCGAUGGUGAUGAGACCCCCAGAUCCACAUCCAUGGCCUCGUCCAGCGAUGGAGCCCCCCACGUCUCAGUGAGUGAUGGAGGCAGAACCACCACAUCGACGUUCGCUCCCGCAGCCAAGGCCAGCGAUGGGACCCCCGACCCCUCAAUCAGCGAUGGGGAUGGGACCCCCAGCACCUCAAUCAGCGAUGGGGAUGGGACCCCCGACCCCUCAAUCAGCGAUGGGGAUGGGACCCCCAGAUCCACGACCAGCGACGGAGCCCCCAGGCCUCUAGUACAGACCGGCGGCGUCUCCACCAUCCCUUCCGGGGCGGCUGAUGUAUUGGACUCAUCCCCGGGGAGACCCCGAUCUACGACCCCCCAAGAAUCGCGCGCUCCGGGGUCCUCCACCCAGCCCCCUCGAGGGGCAGCUCUCACGGCAGCCACGGUCCACGCGGGGCCCAGCACGAGGCAGGAGCCCGGGGCCUCGCCUGCUCUGUCGGACAGGAUAGAGUGGACGCCGGGGUCCCGCGUGACUCGCACCCUGCACUCCUUGACACCCGGCGGGGAGGCCAACGCCACCACCAACCCGCCCACUGGGGCCUCCGGCCUCCCUGCCUCCGCCUGGCCCUCGCCGGCCGGCCGGACCUCGGGCCCCAGUCGCCCCAUCUUGGCGGGGACGGUGGUGGACUUGACUGGACCCCCGACCUCCGGGGCCACGGCUCGGACCCCAACUGGACGCUCCCCAGCGCCAGAAGCCGGGCCGAGAGUAGAGUGGACGCCCCAGGAGCUGCCCGGGGUCAGCCUGACCUCGACGACCCUGCCCAGCCGACAAGAGACCGCUACCCGGCUCCCCGGGGUGACCAGCGCCGCGGCCCCAGGCCCGGCUGAGGGUCCCACGGUCCCGCCGGGCACGUCGGAAGGGCCCAGCCGGAGCUGUGAACCAACGGGCGGCCCGGACGCCGGGGACCACGGUCCGGACGCUGACCCCGCCACCCUGCGCUGCGGGGCGGACGCCGACCCCACGACCCCAUCUCUCCCUUCGGACGCUGACCGACGCCAGGCCUCACGGCCCCACGUGGACGCCUCAUCCACGACCCGGCGGGCAGCGGAGAAGGCGCCGCGGCCCACCAGACACACCGGACCCCUGGGGACGGAGCGGACCCCCGAUGACCGUUCAGUCCACCCCGGCCGGACCGUGGCAGUCACCACUGCUCUGCACCCCCAGACCGGUCACACUCCAGACCCCCUCCCUGGUCCCCCGGGCACCACGGCCUACCCAGGGCCCGGCCCCGGCCUCACGCCAACACAGCCUCCGCCGACCUCUCUCCCCACGCCCCACGAGCAGGCCCGACCAAGCCCACCCCCUGCCUCGUCCCCCCGUCCCGAGACCGGGCCUCCCACCUCUACCUCCCCGUCGGUGCAGGCCCCUUCCCGCUCUGGACCACCUCCGGUGAUGUCCCUCUCCCCAGAACCGGUCAGCGGCACCCCCGGCAACCCACCCCGGGGGACUUCGGCUUCCGAAACCUCCACAGCUCUGGGUCUGCGGGCGGUGUCGACGGUCUGGGGGUCACUGGUCAAGCCCAGCCCAACACCCCCGAUGGGGUCGGCCACCCCAUCCACCCAGCGUCCUUCCCCCUUGCCCACGGCCUCCGAGGAGACCCAUGACCCCCGGGCCUUCACAGCCAUGGGGACCCCCACCUCCUCACCUCCACCUAACACAGAUGGGCCCCCUGCUCUCACCACAGCCCCCCAGAUGCCCCCAACCCGUACCACCCUAACCCCACAUCCUACCCCAACCCUUCCUCCUGGGACCCCAGGAGUGGCUCCGACCCCCCGAGCGACACCUGGGCACCCACCCCCCACCACGAGGCCUGAGAUCCCACCCCCCAUGCCCACAGCCCGGACCCCCGCCCCCUCGGCCAGCCCCCGGCCUCAGACUGAGACCCCACAGUCACCUUCCACCCCCCAAGACCCAGGUGCGGGGGUCUCGGGAGGCCAAACUCCUGCUCCAGGUGCCCCAGAUGUGCCACCUGCACCCCUAACCACGGAGAACGCCCACCCUGCCACCCCACCACCCAAGACGGAGACUUCUCCCUCCAGUCCCACAGGGGCAUCUACCACACUGGACACAGAGCGAGCCUGGUGCCUGUCAAACCCCUGUCCGGCGCCCACCCUGUGCAGCCCCACUCAGGGGGGCUUCGUCUGCUCCUGCCCGGUGGGCUACCAGAUGGAGGAGGGUCUCUGCCGCCUGGUGCGUGCCUUCGUGGGCGUCGUGCGGCUGAGCUCCGACAACGUGUCUGCGGGUCCCGGGCCGGAGGGGCCCGGGGUGCCCUCGGGACUACGCCGCCUGGAGAAGGAGGUCCGCACCCUGCUGAUGGACCUCCUCACCCCGCUGCCGGGGUUUGCCAGCUGCACCGUUCGGGUCACCAGGGAGCCCAGCGGGAUCCUGGUGGUGUGGGUGCAGGCCUCCUUCUCCCUGGCCUCCAGCGUUACCGUGUUCAAGCUGGCCGAGCAGAUGCGGGCCGCCGCCUCCUCCUGUCAGCCCUCCGGUCCUGCCCGGGCCCGGGAGCGGGACCAGGCCACGGACCACUACUGCCACCGACUCGGCUGGUUGGGACAGCUCUUCCAGCCUGGGAGCUUGUGCAGAAGCAAGAAUCCGGCCUGCGACCGGGAGACCGCAGUCUGCUCGGACGUGGACGGGCUGCCCCUCUGCCGCUGUCGGGACGGAUACUUCCAGAUCAGCGAGAUGGACCACUCCUGCAGGGCUUGUGAAGACGGUUUCCGGCUGGAGAACCAGACCUGUGUGAGCUGCCCCUUCGGCCUCGGUGGACUCAACUGUGGCAACCCUUACCAACUGGUCGCCGUGGUGGUCGCAGCUGCGGGGGGUGCCCUGCUGUUGGCCCUAGCCAUCGCCCUCAUCAUUACCUGCUGUCGGAAGAGCAAGAACGACGUGAGCAAACUGUUUGUGAAGAGCAGCGAGUGCCCGCUGUGCCCGUACACGGACAGGGCCGAGGCUGCCCGGGUCCCACCGUGGGGGCGCGAGGCCUUCGAGAUGCACGAAGGCGGCGGGGCCGGAGGAGGUGGCGGCGGAGGCUGCGGAGGGGGAGGCAGCACCAAGAGCCUCCUCAACAUGACCGACGUCUACUACACUCCCGCCCACCUGAGGAGCUCGGACCCAGAGCAGCAGAAUGGUCAGUUCCCGGCCUUCCCUGGCGGCCCCGGCUCCCGGCACUCCUGCGUCUACCCCGGCCAGUACAACCUGUCCUUUGUCAGCGACGACAGCCGCAGGAGAGAUUACUUCUAGUCUCCCGGCCACCAGGAUGCCCUGGCCCCGGGGAUGGUGGCGACCCCGGCCGGGCCGCCUCUUCAGCUCCAGGACGCGCUGACCCCAGGGGAUGGAGAGGCCCGGGCCUGGUGGUUUCCACACCUUGUGGAUUUGCUGUCCGAGAAGACCUUGGGGACCCUGGCCAAGCCAUCCCAGCAGCUCCAUGAAUGAUGCACUGACCCUGGGGACGGUGAGGGGUGGGCCGGAGGGUCUCUUCAGCCGGUGGAUGCGCUGACCGCAGGCAUGGAGGGGGCUGGGUGGUCUCCACACCUCGAGGGCGUGCUGACCCCGCAGAAGGCAGGUCAGGUGGUCUCCUUGCCUUGUGGAUGUGCUGACCCCCGGGAUGGCGGUGAUGGGGAGGACCAGGCCGGGUCAGGGAAGGAGGAUGAGCAACCCUUGGGAAGGGGCCAGAUGUGGGCGGGUGGCUUGCGUCGGACUCCCUCAGGGCCAGUUGGGGGCAAGGAGCUUGGCGGGAGGGGCAUCGGCGGGACCCCUGCCCGGCCAGGUGGGGCCGUGAGCCCUGGGGUGCCCAAGAUGCCCUGCCCAGCUCAGGAGGCCUGGGGGUCUCCCCGGGACGCAGGCCGGGGAAGAGCCCACCCCCCCCCACCCCCCCCUCGGCCUCCCUCUGGGGUCCAAGAUCCAUCCUGGAGCUGGGCCUGCCAUCUCCCCCCAGCCCCAAGCAUGGGAUGGCUGUACUGGCCACCUACUGUGUGCGGAACACUGUACUGGCCACCUGUUAUGUGCAAAGUUCUGUCCCUUAUGCCUAUGUGUGCAGGGCACUGUACUGGCCACCUACUGCAUGGCAGAGCUCCGUCCUGGGCUCCUAUGGUGUGCGAAAGCACUAUUCCGGGCCCUUACUUUGUGCAGAGCACCGCUCUGGGCUCCUACUGUGUGCAGAGCACUGUACCGGACACCCACUGAGUGUGGAGCACUACCCUGGAGCCUACUUUGGGCAGAGCACUGUGCUUGCGCCUACUGUGUGCUGAGCACUGUUGUAAGCACUUGGCACUGUAGAAGAGGAGCGGUCCAGGGCCCCAGUCCCCCAAGGAGCUUCCUUUGGUUCGGUGUCGGGCAGGCGGGGAAGAACAAGGUCCGCGAUGCCCCCGUCCCCCAAAUCGCCCCAUUUCGGCCCUCGCUGUGCGGGUCUGCUGUCCGUGUACGCAUGCCGUGUGCACGCCGUGUGCACGCCGUGUGCACGCCGUGUGCACGGGAGGGCGGGUGUGAAUCCAGUCCGUGCGGGUUAUUUAAACCACGUGUCACCCCCACCCCCCCACAGGGCAUGAAUUAGGGCCGGGGUCUGCCCUGGUGGGUCCUGGGGAAGGUCUUCUGGCGUUCUAGUCAGAGCCAAUAAAACCGAAACACCAGUCAGUUUGGCUUUUUUAAAAAU